UCAAUCAGCUGUCAGUCAAGUAAACAACAGGCGAGUGAGCGGUGUGUACCAAAAAAACGCAUUUUUUGAGAAAAUUUCCCUAAAAAAUGGCCCAAGAACCACAUGAACGGAAAAAGAAACAAAUUUUAAGCAAAGAAGAACUACUGCAACUGGAUAAAGAUGAUUUAGUGGAAAGAAUUAUAAAAUUAGAAUGCCAUAAUAAACAACUCAAAGAUAUUCUUGCCAAAAGUACCACUGAGAGCGUUGAGUUGAAAAAAAAAGCAAGAAGAAGUUUUGAUUUUUCCAAAUGUCACUACCGUCGAGUCUUACUUCGCAUAAUGUACUUCGGAUGGGACUACCAAGGUCUAGUAACGCAAGACUUCACGACUCAGACGAUAGAGCACCAUCUCUUCCAUGCGUUGAUUAAAGCUUGCCUGAUCGAGAAUAGGGAGACGUCAAACUAUCAUCGGUGUGGCAGAACCGAUAAAGGUGUCAGUUCGUUUGGGCAGGUAAUAUCAAUCAGUCUACGCAGUAAGCAUCCUCCGAAGACCCAACACGAACAAAACUCCAUCAACUCCGAGAUGCAGUACUGCAAGAUCCUCAACCGGUUACUGCCAGAUAACAUCAGAGCAGUGGCCUGGAUGCCGAUACCUGAAGAUAGAACUGAGUACAGUGCGAGGUUCGACUGUAAAAAACGCACCUACAAAUACUUCUUCCCGCGCUCGUCGCUUGACAUAUCAGCCAUGAGACACGCGUGCGCGCUACUAGUUGGAUCGAAGGACUUCCGCCAUCUUUGCAAGAUGGACGUCGGAAAUGGCGUCGUUGAGUUUGUCCGGGAGAUACUGAGGGCGGAGAUAAUGCCAGUUGAGGAAGAGGGAGAUGAACCAACAACCAUGUACUACUUACUGAUAGAAGGCAACGCGUUCCUUUGGCACCAAAUCCGGUGCAUCAUGGGGGUUCUACUCCUGGUAGGGCAAGGAAAAGAACAGCCUGACGUCAUCAACCAACUGCUGGAUGUCGAUAAAUACCCUAGAAAACCCCAAUACAACAUGGCGUUAGACGUCCCUCUAAAUUUAUAUCAUUGUACCUACGAAUUGGAACAAGAAAAACAGUGGGUUUACGAGAAAGACGAGUUAAAACACCUCAUCAAGCAUUUGCAAAACGAAUGGACUAUACAAAAUAUCAAAACAACAAUGAUAAAGGACUCCCUGCGAGUAUUAGAAGCAGAAUACAGAAAGAUGUGUCAAAAUGACGCAAAUGAAAAAUGUGAGGAAAGAAUCGUUGCAUACGCUGACUGCUUGUUGCAAGGUGUCAAACCGAGGGUGUACACUCCUUUGAUGAAGAGGCAGACAUGUUCAAGUUUAGAAGAAAGAAUAGAACAUUAUAAGAAGAAAAGAAAAGAAGUGGAUAUAACGGAAACUGAAUGAGUUACUAAAAUAUA